GUCGUAAUAACGAGAUAAUAAGUCGUUAUUACGAGAUAAUAAGUCGUUAUAACGAGAUAAUAAGUCGUUAUUACGAGAUAAUUUUAUUAAGUCGUUAUUACGAGAAAAUAAGUCGUAAUAACGAGAUAAUAAGUCGUAAUUACGAGUUUAUUUUGCUAUAUAAUAGGAAACAUUUUGACAUCACAGUAUUCGCUUAUGAGGAUGGAGGAGCAUGUUAGAUUGUACUUUGAACUUGGUUUAUCCAAUGCAGAAAUACUUGCAUUUCUGGCGUUAGCGCAUCGUACUAUCAUCAGUAUGUCAACUUUGAAGCGCACUCUUCGACGAUUGAAGUUACGAAGAAGAAAGGAUUACAGUGAUCUACUAGAUGUCGCGAUGUUUAUAAGUAAAGAGCAUCAAACAUCUGGUCGAUUGUAUGGCUAUCGUUGGAUGCACUUAAAAUGCAUUCAAAACAAUCUUCGUGUUCCGAGAGACACUGUUUAUGAAAUAAUGAAGAUUCUUGAUCCAGAGGGCUUAGCAGCACGAAAGAGACAUCGUUUAAAGAGACGUCAGUAUAAAAGCAAGGGACCAAACUUUGUCUGGCACAUUGAUUCCUAUGACAAAUUAAAGCCUGAUGGAAUAGCCAUCAACGGAUGCAUUGACGGGUUUUCAAGGAAUAUUGUAUGGCUUGAAACAAGCACAACAAACAGUGACCCCAAAGUAAUCGCAUAUUAUUACAUUCAGGCUGUUAAACGUAAAUCGGGUUGUCCUAUGCGUAUUCGAUCUGACAUGGGAACGGAGAAUACCCAUAUUGAACAAAUGCAGAUAUUUCUGAGACGAAACCACCAAGAUGAGCUGUCGGGAUCAAAGAGCUUCCUUUAUGGAAAGAGCACACAUAAUCAAAGAAUUGAGUGGUUCUGGGGAUGCCUUAGGAAAAAAGUCGGACAAUUUUGGAUGGAUCUUUUCCAAGGACUCUCCACUGAUAUUAAUGAUACUUCAUUUUGUGGCAGUUUCUUGGAUAAAAGCCUAGUGCAAUUUUGUUUCAUCAAGCUAAUUCAGAGAGAUUUGGAUAUGCUGACGACCAUGUGGAACACGCACACCCUUUCAUCGAGCUCAAAUAUCCUUCGCGAAGGAAACCGUCCUCUCAUGAUGUACACCUUACCUGAAUUGUACGGUUAUGAAAACCAGCUUUGCCCUGUUGAUUCACACGAAGUUCUUCUGUGCGAAGAAGAGACAACCCCGAAACCAGAACACCCGUGUGAUGAGACUGUUAAAGAACUAUGUUAUGAUAUCAUGGAGGAAGCAGGUGAUGCUAUGCCAGAAGACGCAGAUUGCGCAAGGGAGUUAUACUUGAGUCUCAGAGAGGCGAUUCUUUCGCAGUUGUGA